AUGGGAGGCAGAGAGGAGGUAAUGGUGAGCAGUCUCGGUUCCACCAUGCAGUUUCCCCGUGCCAGGCUGAACCGAUUCAGGCUCCGUCCAGCACAUAGCCCAGCAAGGAUCAGGCACCUGAAGCCACCCACCCUCACGAAAAAAAACAGAGACCCCAGCCCCACCGAGAUGAGCGUGGAGCCCUGGGCCAGCCCGCAGGACCAGGCAGCCGCUGAUCACGCACACAGCACGCACGCAGCGUCUUCCCAGGAUCAGGAGCAGCACCCCGACAAACUCUGCCUGGACUCAUUCUGGAGUGAGGUGGAGACCAUCCGACAGGGGAGUGGCUACGCAGACCUCGACUGCAGCAGGAGAGAUUCUAGACAGUCAGAAGAGGGUGAACAGGAGGAGCAGUGGCUGGCUGAUGCCGGUUUGUCGAACCUCAUCAGCGAGGACAGCGAGGAUGUAGACAACGCAGUGCUGCUGUCUACUUUGACACGGACUCAGGCUGAGGCCGUCCAGCGUCGAUUGGAUUCCUAUACAUUGUCCCUCCGCAAGAGGAACAAACCAGCACCCCGCGACGUUCGCGACAUCUUCAACUCCCCCAUCUCUCAGACCCUUCUGCCUGAGUCUCAGUGUAGUGAAGACCUUGCCCAAAACAGUAUGGCAUCGGUUGCCAAAUCUCCACUAUCAGCUGUGACCCCAGAGCAUCAGCGAUGCGCUCCAAAAGAAGAGUUCUUCAUCACCGAUGUGGCUUACUGUGAACAGGCUGUCAUCUUCCUCAAACAGGCCAAACUGCCACAGAACAACAGCCAACGCAAGAAGGAGGAUGGCACCCUGCCUCGGGUGAUCUGCCCCAAGUGCCGUCUAGGAGUGACUCAUAUCCAAGAUCUCUCCCACUCUGACAUGAAGAAGGUGCGUCAGCUGGCUCUUAUCGACAUGACGGCGCUGUGCGACCUCUUAGAGCUGGAGGUCAAAAGGCACAAAACCAGCAAGAGAAAAAUCCCAGAGAGCACGCUCUUCGGGGUUCCGCUGGCCGCACUGCUGGAGAACGACCAGAAAGUGAGGCCCAACACCUCAACUCCUCUCUUCCUGCAGGCGUUGUUGACGUUUUUGGAGAAGAAAGGAGUUGAUUCGGAGGGGAUCCUGCGGGUUCCAGGGUCUCAGUCCAGAAUAAAGAUGUUACAGCAGAACUUAGAGAGCAACUUCUAUGCAGGGCACAUCAGCUGGGACGAGGUGAGUCCAAACGACGCUGCUGCUCUGCUCAAGAAGUUCAUCCGGGAGCUUCCUGCUCCUCUGCUCACCGCCGAGUACCUCAACACCUUCAGCGCCGUCAGAGACAUCACAGAGCUGAAGCAGAAACUCCACAUGUUGAACCUGCUCAUCCUGCUGUUACCUGAGCCCAACAGGAAUACACUGAAGGCUCUCCUCGAGUUCCUCAGUAGGGUGGUUUCUAGAGAGAAGAGGAACAGGAUGAACCUGUGGGCCGUAGCAACCAUCAUGGCUCCCAACCUCUUCCUCCACAAGGCCGUUCCCAGCAGACUGACGGAGGGGGCAGAGAAAGGACACGCAGAGAAGGCAGCUGAUGUUAUGAGACUCCUCAUCCGCUACCAAGACCUGCUCUGGACGAUCCCUAAUUUCCUCAUGAGUCAGGUUCGUAAGCUGAAUGAGAACAGUAACCGUCGUUACCAGUUCUAUGAUCGCCGCAUCAAGAACCUGCUGAGGAAGAUCCACACAGACAGCCGGGAAAAACCUGAUAAAAACACCUCCGAGCCGUGCCGUACAGUGAAGAUCCACGUAGGGGAUCUGAUGAGCAGCACCAUGGAGUUCCAGCUCAAUGUAAACUCCAGAGUCUCAGACCUGCUCGCACAGUUUCAUCGCCAGUUCCUCCGCAGCCCGGACAACGGAAAGGGCAAAGUGCGAAGAAAUGGUUCUGUGGCCUUCCCAGACUGUGCCCUGUACGAGGUCGGAGGAAAUAUUGGUGAGCACUGCCUGGAUCCAGACACACACCUUCUCGAUUUGUACAACAGCAACUCUGGAGGAGAGUGGGUCAUCAAGCUGAGACCCAACGGCGGCAGAGGGCUGUGACAUGGAGGGUGUGGAAGGAAGGAUGGAUGGACGGAUGGACAGAUCUGGAAACAGGUCGCUGACGAAGGACAAAUGCGCCACUCAGUGCUCUCUUCCUCAUCCUCUUCAUCCUCAGAGCAACAAGGGAGAAGGAGACAGAUGGACAGAUGGAGGAAGCAGAAGCAGAUCUGCCAGGAGCAGAUUCUAAAAACAGUCUAUGAUCAGAUGGACACACGUUGCCUCAUCCUCUCCCCUUCUACCUUUCUCUUUCUGUCUUUCUGUCCAUCCCUUUCUCUUCUUUUUUCACUUUCUCUCCAUCAUUUCUCUCCUGCGUUACUGCAGGGCGGCGAUGCUGCAAGCGAAGCCGCUGACGUGACUCAUUACUUCCGACAGAGAACCUGCUGCAUAGAAAAGAGACGAGAGUGAGCGGCUGUGCGGUUUGUUUCGGCGUAGUUUCUCUUGAGCGAUCAUCUCCAACAAUGAGCGAACAGAUGGGGAUGCAGAGCACCUCUGGCUAUGGAGAGCCCAAGUACCCUCCCCCUCCCUCCCACAGCCGCCCUCCCAUCCUAUUUCCCAGGCUGGCCUCAGCUCCACAAAACUCAGUCGGACUAUGUAUUUUCCCAAAAAGCUGAAAUAUGACACAGGGGCAUUCUGUCCAUAUUCUAAGCUAAACUACUCAUUUGAAUACUUUACUUUACUAUUAUAUUCAAGAAAACAUCCAUUUAGAUUUCAACUUAAAUCUCUGGAAAUUGGU